GUUAUCAUGUGACUUGUCGAGUAUGGCGACUUCCAGUGAACGGUGAUCUGUUCCACCCGUGUAAUACAGCACUCUGAGAAACGCAGGAAAGGGUGCACAUCUCUGGAUGUCUUGAAGUAUAUCACGGCUUUACAAUGAGUGUGUUAGAGAGUAUCAAGGGAACUUUCCACAGUGUACAGCAGGAUAUAUUUGACGGGCUGAAGGCGCUUACAUCGUUAGAUGCACAGCCUCGAAUUGACAUCCUCAGACGGCUGCGGACAGAUGGAGUCAGUCUAGAUGCAGGGGCUGAUUUGCUCAACAAAUAUCAGAGGACAUGGAAAGAACUCCAGACAUGCACAUCUCACACAGCCAAAAAGGCAGAGGAGGUGGACAGCGAGAUCGGUCAGCUGUACAGCAAGUGGAACAGACAGGUGGACACGGUCAGUCAGCUGGAGGAGGAGGUGGCCGAACUACCCGAUGUCGUCACGCUCAUCAAGAAACUGACCACAGAUCUUGGGUACAUCAGGCGAGACUGUGAGGGGGUGGAGGGGGCCCUGGAGAGGUUGGAGAAUGUCAUUGAUGAACUGGAACAGCAGAAGAACGUGAAAGCCCACCUGGCUCAACUUGCUACCUACAAAAAGAAGAAGAUGGAAGAGGUACAGAAGGUGAAAGUUCAAAUGGCUAAGAGUCACGCAAGGGCAAUGCAGGAAUGUGAUCGGCGUCGCCAGGCGGAUCUGAAGGAGAGACAGGAAGCCUUCAGCGAGGCCUUCACUGAAGACAUGGACUUCUACAAGACACAUGGACACACAGAACAGCUGAAGGUGUCUGACAUUCCAAUGCCUAAGGUCAGCAGCCUGAGUGACAUCACGAUAGACGACGACCAGAUGAUCAUCAACAGCUUCCUCGCUUCCACGGAAACAACGCCGUCCAAGGAGAGAGCUUCCGAUGACCUAGGUGAUGCAUCUGAGGGAGCAUUCUUUGAAGACGAUUACACGGCAGAGUACAACAUACAGGAUGAUGAAGACAUCUUGGAGGAUGAUAUCGACAAGAUGGCUCAUGAGCCUGCCGAGGGGGAAGAAGUUGUGGAAACUGGCGGUGUGAAUAUAGACUCAGACGAUGCAGACAUCCUUCCAACACAGAAGACGGAUGCAGCAGGGGAUGGAGAAGAAAGUGGCGCAGAAAAAUCAGAUAAGCAGUCCGAACCUUCCAACAAUGUCACCGACCGAGAUCAGUCUACAGAGGACACACCAAGCUAGUUGAGACUUAGCUGAGGUCACUUUAUUGUGAAAAACUACAUCGUGACCAAUCUCAGUGAUAUUACACAUACUGCUUAUAGUCUCUCUCUUCAUACGAUUACAAGAUAAGUAAAAAUGUAUUUGCUUAAAACGUUAAACAUACUUCCAGAUUGAGUCAGGGACUGCCUGAGAAGCCAUUGCUAGGUAACUGGGUACAUUCAGCAUGGUUAAGAUACUGGAGGUUCAUUAACUUCCUGGUGACAGGUGUGGCACGUCAGACCCAUGUAUGGUGCGUACAGAUAUAAAUGCAACUAACGUCCAUACAAGUUGGGGUCACAAAGACCUGUACCUUGAUUCAUACUGUUCCUGAAUGUAGAACUGUAUUUAGUGACUUGUUUACCUAGUUGUGCUACCUUUAGCACCCAGGAAACACAGGCGUGCUUCCUUUGAAAUUCAUGAUAUACUACAUUUGAUAGACUACUACAUUGGGCUGAAACAAGUGAAAAUCCACUGAUGGUAGUGGUCUUAGUCUGGUAGCAUUUGAGGGCUACAAUUCUGAACCAGUUCCCAAGGCUUCAGUUUUGCUACAAACUGGAACUGAAUAAAACUGGUUUGGUAUGUGGUCUGUUAUUUUGAGGAUAGAGCUCCUUUAUACACAUGCUUAGUAGUCAUAUCUGGUAGGUGGUGGAGCGUGUCAUAUUGCGAUCCAACUGUCGAGAGACAUAUCAUAUAUUGAAGAUACUAUCGUUAAACGCUAAUCUUUGAAAAAACACCUUUAAUUUUAUGCAAUUAUAGUAAUAGACAUUUUACGAUGAUCAA